CCCUUUUCCCCGCCUUUGUAUUUAUCCCAACACAGAACUACGUACUUAUCCACGUCCUUAGAUAUCAAUGUGUUAAGCUACUUCGAGCACAUAACAUUUCUUCUGCAAGGCUCCAGUGUGCGGUAUGUAUAUAGAAUUACUCCAUUCAUAUACAUUAUUUGUGUCACUUUAUUUCAGACUGCUACUGUCACUGGAUUAUUAUAUUUGUGCCAAGAAUGCCAUUUAUAUUGCUAUAUUUUCCAAUUUUAUGUUCUACAUCUCCAACCAAAUGUAAUAUAGACAUUGUGUGAAUGGGAAGAUAAAAUAUAUUUCUGUCUCUAAUUAUCCAUACAUACAAUUAGAUAGUAAGAGACAGCAGGUGUUUUAAUGUUUUAGCAAUUUCGUUACCGAUCACCUAGGUUAAACUCAUAACCCUAAACAUUUGUAGCCUAAUUAGCUAGUUAAAAAGUUAUAAUACAAAUUUGCUAAAUGUGUUUUUUAUUAUCUUAUAUGAUUUGUAGAUAUGCAUACAGUAUAUAUACACAAACUGCUUAAUAUGUAUUAUUGUGAUAACUUGGCAACUAAGUUUCAACAUGCAAUGCAAUACAGCCAAGUUGGAAAAGUUGUUGAUUUGUUUUCCAAUUCGCCUAUUUUAGCCUUAAUUAUUAUUAUUAAUUUAUAAAGUGGCAAAAAUUCUGUAACGCUGUACAACAGGUCUAUAUAUAAACACUCUUUAAGUAUGCUUAUAUGUAUGUAUCUGGCGUUCUGUCUUUUGUUUUGUAUGUUGUUCUAUCAACACUUUAUAAAUCAAGUAUGCUUCAUAUUUAGUCAUGCAGCCCCAAUCAUGAAGUCCUGUGAUUUCUACUCAUGCUACUGUGUUCACAAAUAUCCUCCCAUAAAUCACAAGUCACACUAACACAAAACAGCCGCACCUAACAGCAUCCAACCCAACUCACAACAAAAACAUAUAUAGCGAAGGUAAAAUUAGGUCAUUUUCCCAAUUUUCAGAUUACUAAAUAAAUAAUCCAUAAUAAAUAAUACGUAAUAAUUUUAAGACUAUUCAAAAAGUUAUUUAUGUAUGUUGGUCAUUGCACACUAUACCAGGACACUCGGCAGCUUUAUCACAGCCAAUCUGCUGAAUGUACCUUUUCCAGCACGGACAGGUUAAAUAAUGGUAGUAUAGGAGAGUAUAAUAGUGCAAACAUUGCAGUUUAUCAGAAUAAUUAUAUAUUUGCAUUGUGUAUAAUUAGCUAGUAUUAUAAUAUGAUCCAUUGUAUAAUUAAUUGCGGUCAUUAAAAAUAAUGUUGGAUCUUACAUAAUGAAAUGUACUAACAAACAAACUGUGUGUGGUUGCUUAACUUGUAAAACGUGUUUCUUCGAAACUGAUGUUUGUGCAGUUGGAGGUAGCUCCUUUAUGCCUGUGUAGAGGUUACUAGAUAAAAUAUUUACUAAGUAAGCUUUAUUGAAUUGGAGAUCUAUUUUGUUUUAGGACUUAUGCUGCCGUCUACAUUUCAAGUGUGCAUGACUUAUUACAAACUGCUAACAUUUCGGCUUAAAUGUUAAAAACUUGUUCUGUGUAAGCAGAAUAUACUGUAUCAAAUCAAGGGCUGAGAGUUUCCUGGGAAGCGUCAUACAGGUGGUGUUAAUAUAUAAACUGUGUAGUGCUUGGCAGAUGGAUUUCCUUGGUGGCUUAUUAGGGGUUCCUCAGAAAAUUGAAGAAUAAAUAAAUUACUGCCAUAUGGUAAUUCAGUUUCGGUUUUCAUUGGAAUAUGAUUUUUUUUUCAAGGUUAUAAAACAAAAAAUAAAAACAACAACUUUGGAAUAAACCAUUUUUCCAAAUAUUGUAAACAAACCGACCAGCUGAACUAUAUAAAAAUGAGGAACUAUGAAAUGCCAUUUAUCCUCUGCCUGAAAGAAUUGAUCCGUCUGCAAUUUACCAAAGGAGUCUUAUUGAUUGAAGAAGACUCCACAGGUAAAUCCUGAAUGGAUCAAUUUGUUCGGGCAUAGACUUAAAGUAAUUUAACUAAUUUGUACCAGCUGAAGCACAUUUGUGCACAAGUCUAUUAGGUACAAGACAAUGGAGGUGUAAUUGAGGGCCUAGAUCACUGAUGUCCAACCCCCGGCCUGCGGGCCACAUGCGGCCGGUUGCACUGUGGGUGGAAAGGGACUGGAUUGGCCCACCCAGGCUGACAGCUCUAAAAAUAAAAAAAAUGCCAUUGAAAUAAUUUUUCCCUCGGACUGUGACGGCCUGUGUCAGGCCGAGGGGAUUAAUGAAUGGUGUGCUGGCGGCUAGAGGGAGCACUGUGAGGCUCCCUUUCACCAUUUUUGGCAAUUCCGUGUCCAUGCUCCACCCCCGCAUGCAAGCUCCGCCUCCUGAUUAUAAGCCACGCCCACACAUGAGCAGGAAGAGGUAAAAAAAAAGCUCCCACAGUCUUCAGUGCCAGGUAAGCUUCAGCUAAUUUGUCAGUGACCUUGUAUGUAUGUGCUUGCUAGUGAGUGAGCUUUUAUUAUUAUUAUUAUUUUAUUAUUUAUAUAGCGCCAUCAGAUUCCGUAGCGCUGUACAAUUUAUGUUUGUGUCUCAGCUUGUCUGUAGAGAGUAUGUGUGUAAGUGAGCUUAUAUGUAAUGAGCAUGUGUGUAUAAGUGAGCUUGUCUAUAGUGAGUAUGUGUGUGUCAGUGAGCUGGUAUGUAGUGAGCUUGUGUGUGUGUAUAUAUAUAUAUAUAUAUAUAUAUAUAUCCGCACACUACAUGGCACAGUGAUGAAUUACAUUUUUGUGUAUGAUUUGUCAGUGAUUGUGUGUGUGUGUGGUGGGGGGUCUGUGUGUAUGUCUGUGAUUGUGUUUGUGUAAGUCAGUGAUUAUGUGUGUGGGUUUGUGAUUUUGUGUGUACAUCUCUGAUUGUGUGUGUGGGUCUGAUUGUGUGUGCAUGUAUGUGAUUGCGCGAAUAGUUCUGUGAUUGUGUGUGUGAGUCUGUGAUUGUGUGUGUGUGUAUGUAUGUGACUGUGUGUAUAGGUCUGUGAUUUUGUGUGUAAUUGUAAUUGUGUGUAUUGGUACGUGAUUGGAUAUGUGUGUAGGUCUGUGAUUGUGUGUAUGUAUGUGAUUGAGUGUAUAGGUCUGUGAUUGUGUGUGUGUCUGUGUGUAUAUAGACGUGAUCAUGUGUGCAUAUGUGAUUGUGUAUAGGUCAGUGAUUGUGUGUGUGUGUGUGGAUCUGUGAUUGUGUGUAUAUAUAUUUGUUUUUGUGCACAUGGGUCUGUGAGUGCAUGUGUGUGUCUGUGAGUGUAUGUGUGUGUGUGUUUAUGUGAUUGUGUGUGUGUAUAUGUGGUUAUGUGUGCAUAUACAUGUGUAUAUAUUUAGUAGAUAGCUCUCUAAUUUGGUAUCCUUAAAUAUGGCAAUUCCACAUAAGGAUAACAAAUAAGGGAGCUAUGUACUAAACAAAAUUAAUAAAAAGGGGUUUUCAAGUAUUAUUAUAUUAAUUAAUUAUAUUAUAGAUUUUAUGUGUGGCCCAAGACAAUUCCUCUAUGCUCAAUGCGGCCAGGGAAGACAAAAGGUUGGACACCUAUGGCCUAGAUCAGGGAUAGGCAACCUUCGGCAUUCCAGAUGUUUUGGGUUACAUCCCCCAUAAUUCUCUUACACCCGUAAUGCUGGCAAAGUAUCAUGGGCGGUGUAGUCCAAAACAUCUGGAGUGCCGAAGGUUGCCUAUGCCUGGCCUAGAUUGAGAAGACAUUCAGAUGAAGUUUUGAUUUGUGAAGGCUUUUGAGUGCAAGAUUGUAAAAUUGUGUUAAUAAUGUGCAGAAUUAAUUCUGCAGCAAGAGAGGUCUAUAAUGUACUUUUUAAAUUUUAUUUUUGUUAUAAUGAAAAUAUAAAAAACGUGAAACAUUUGUUCUUGUAGGGCAAAAAACGCAUUAAAAUAAAUAACAUGCAAUGGAACAUUCUAUGCACCAUAACUGCUAUAGUUUGCUGCAGUAGUUAUGGUGCCAGGAGUGCCCUGUUGCUCCCAAUUGUAAGUAGUCAAACCAUUUGCUCACAGUUUUACUUCUUACUUGCGGUUCCCUGGAUGGCACUCCCCACUUCCAUUACUUUUUAUGGAAGGCAGGAAACUCCUAAACAGGAACUUCUGUUAGCUCUCCUAAGCUAAGCCUUGCAAUGCAGAGCUAGCUCACUGGCUGAGAACUGCAGCUUAUCGUUGUCAGUUGAGCUAAGCACUGGUGAGCUUAACUCAGAUAGACAGCUUCCAAUUUUCCAUAGGAUGCAGUGAGGCAAUAAGUGAUGCAAGUAAGGAGUCAAACCAUUCUAAAAAUAAUCUGACUACUUACAUUGCGGAGGUGCAGGACCCUCCUAAUGCCGUAACCACUACAGAAAGAACUUGUGAUGUGGUAGAGUGGACUACAGACUUUUCAGAUGGGUCCUGGACUAUCCAUUUAAUAACACUUUUCUUUAUCCUUCUAUCUGUCUAUUUAUUUACAAAUAUAAAUCUAUAUUUUGACAUGUUUCUCUCUUUUUUUUCUCCAGGACUCUUCAUCAUGUGGAAUCCAAAUCAAGGUAAGUGCUAGCUCACAUCUCAUUUAUUGGCUCUGACCUGCUUUGACCAUGUAGACUUCACACUAUUAGUGAGAUGUUGGCUUUUCAUAAAAUCAUAUUGUUUUUGAAGUUUUGCACAACAUAUAAUAAAGAACAAAACCAUUCCUAUAGAAAUUCUCAAUAUCCACUUUUUACGACUUUUGUUUGUCAAGAAUAUACAGAGCUGCAUAGAAUACCGAGAAGCAUAUAUUACUCAGAGCUAGACAUCAUAAAGAGAUAGCCAAUACUCAAAGCUAUGUACAAGACAGAGACACCUUUACAAUACACAGAACUAAGAAGAAUACAGAGAUAUUCAUAUCAUACUUAGAUCUUGGUACAAUACAGAAAUACCUAUAUCAUAGAUUAUAUGCUUGUUUAAACAGGGCCUUCACCCCUUGUCUCGGUUAUAAUCAGUAUGCAAAUUACUUGUUGUCAAAUAUCCCUAUUCUAUAAUUGUAAAGGAAUAUGUUGACACAAUAUAAAUGCUGAUACUAAUAAUAAUGAUACACAGAGAUGAGUACAAUACCAAAAUACCAUAAUACAUAAUAGUGCUAUAAAUGAGUAAGUUUAAAAUGUUAUCUUUCUAGCACAUGUUGCUGUUGCUAUGAAACAUGUCAGCUACUCCUGACUCAAUAUAAUCAUUGUGGAUUGAUCAUUUGACAACUACAAGGGUAUAAGGAAAAUAUUAUUAUCCUGCUGUUUUAACAAUGUGGAUAUUCACAACUUUCCAACUAACCACAUUGCGAGUGUCUCGGGUCUCAGCUACAGAGCACUGAACUGUUUAAAUAAGAUGGCGGGCACUGGACAGCUGGGCUUAUACUAUGCAAUGUGCAGUAGGAGUUAAUUACCAGACCUGUCUGUCACAAAUGUCUGCCAUUUUCCCUUGCUUAAUCAGACUUGAGUCACUGUGGCUGUUGGUGGAGAUAAAAAGAUAAUAUCAUAAUAAUAUUAUACACUUGCUUUGGACAGGGAACAGGAGCUGCUGCUGUGCUCUCUCUAUGCUCCUUCCAAGAUGGCUUCUUGUCUCCCUAUCCUGUGGGGACUGUUCCCCACCCCUGGUGCUAUGAGCCAAUGAUGGCCCAUUAAUAAAUAGGCAAGUACCAUGCAUUUACUAAUUGGCAGCUGGCUCAGGUGUCCAAAUGAAAAUGGGAGGACCCUGAAAUUUCUUCUUAAAGUGGCUCUGUCACCAUCUGGUGUCUUUACAUGUUUUGCAUAGACCCCCAGAUGGUGACAUCACUGCCUGAGGUGCAUAGGAAGGCAAGUUUUACCAACCUGAAGAUGUCCCUUGUGGCUGCCGCCAUCUUCAUAUGGUGGAUCUUCUUCAGCUUCCGGGGCUUCGUCUGCCAGGAACCCGCAUCAGUUCUGUAUUCUCGAGCAUACUUGAGAGUACAACACAGAAAUCUGUGGAGAAUCCUAUGGGAGCCUCCAUAGACAAUGCUUUUUUCUCCACAGCUGUCACAGUGAUGGCUGUGGGACCCUGCAGAACCUAAACUUAGUGUUACCAAAGUCUCACCCAUCAAAAAGCCAGUUCAGACACAAAAGGAAAAUUAUAAUUUGAAAAUUCAGUAAAUCUUUAUUGUUUAAUAAUGGUAACACAACAAACAAAAAAAAGUGAACAACAAACGGGAAAUUCUACUCCAACUAGCUGAUAAAAAUGGUAGACUUACUGUAUUUCUAUAUAAUUCUCUAGCACCUCUUGUGGUUCAUUCGUAAAACAACAUAGCGACCUGAAACACUAUGCAACAAUUUCACAUUAAUUGUUACAAUAGAGUUCUUGUGAUGGGAAUUAACUUACUAAGUUAACACCCAGUUUAUGGUCUUAACCCCUUAAGGACCAAACUUCUGGAAUAAAAGGGAAUCAUGGCAAGUCAUGUCAUGUCAUGUGUCCUUAAGGGGUUAAAGUAUGUGGGACUUUUUGUUUUCCCGAUACAUAUUCACUCCAUUUUAGGUAGGUAGGUAUAAGGCUAAACUAUCGGGAUGUUGAUAAAUGAUACUAUAAUCAACAGAUGUUAAUCUGCAUGCUGUGGUAUUAGAACCUCAGUAUGCAUUACUAGAACUGAAACCUAUUAAAGAGACACAGUUUAUUUUAAUUUUAUUUUGGCAGACACAUGGACUAUGACUCGAGUAGAUUAAUCUACUUUUUUCCUUAGCUUAACUCCCUACCCCCCAAAAAAUCUGCUGUCAAUAAUCUUGUUUCCACAUAAAAACUGGUGGGGAUCAUAUGGACAAGCCACCAGUAAAUGUUAUAAUAAUAAUUUUUCAAUGUCAAGGUAGCAUUCACAUUCGUUAAAGUUAGAGGUCAAAAUGUUUAAAGGAUCACUAUAGGGUCAGGAACAAAAACAUGUAUUCCUGACCCUAUAGUGUUAAAAACACCAUCUAGCCCCCCUGGGCCCCUUUUAAGUACACUCGAUGGUAUGUCUGUACUCGCGAGUGUAUGUAAAGUGAGUGUAUGUAAAGCGGGGUAUGCCUGUAGUCAAUAGUCAAAACCUGUCUGCUGACAUCAUCAGAAGUGGUAGCCUGAUCCAAUCACAAUGCUUCCCCAUAGGAUUGGCAGAGACUGACAAAGAGGCAGAUCAGGGGCAGAGCCAGCAUGAUUCAAACACAGCCCUGGCCAAUCAGCAUCUCCUCAUAGAGAUGAAUUGAAUCAAUGAAUCUCUAUGAGGAAAGUUCAGUGUCUGCAUGCAGAGGGAGGAGACACUGAAUGUGUGUGCUUUAACGCUCAACGGGCACGCCCCGCCCAGGCAGCUGGGGCCCCGGCCUCGCACUGCCCGCCGAGGCCCUCCCCGCUGAGGGAGUGGCCGGCGGGCCAGGCAAAGAUUACUGCUUUCGCCCCGCACUGAUGGUGCCGGAGCCGAAGAUGACGUCAUCUUCCGGCGCCGGCAUCCCUACGCGGCGCGCGAGGGAGCUGAAGAGGAAGCAGUGAGUGCUCCCUCGCGCGCGCGCCUGCCUGCCCGACCGGCCACCCGCCCAGGAGCCCAGCAGCACCACUGGACCCCAGGGAAUCCCCCCAGCACUCCACAAGGUAAGGAGGCUGGGGGGAUUACAUUUUUAAAAAAAAAUGUGUGUGUGUGUGUGUAUGUGUGUGUUUGUGUGUGUGUGUUAGUGUAUGUAUGUGUGUGUUUGUGUGUGUUAGUGUAUGUGUGUGUGUGUUUGUGUGUGUUAGUGUAUGUGUGUGUUAGUGUAUGUAUGUGUUAGUGUAUGUAUGUGUGUGUUUAUGUGUGUUAGUGUGUGUGUUUGUGUGUUAGUGUUUGUGUGUAUGUAUGUGUGUGUGUGUGUAUGUGUGUGUUAGUGUAUGUGUGUGUUAGUGUAUGUGUGUGUUAGUGUAUGUGUGUGUUAGUGUAUGUUAGUGUGUGUGUGUUUGUGUGUAUGUGUGUUAGUGUAUGUGUGUGUAGUGUAUGUUAGUGUGUGUGUUUGUGUGUUAGUGUGUGUGUGUUAGGUGUAUGUGUGUGUGUGUCAGCAUGUCUGUGUGUGUGUCAGUAUGUCUGUCUGUGUGUCAGUAUAUAUGUGUGUGUAUAUCUGUGUGUGUCAGUAUGUGUAUGUGUCAGUAUGUCUGUCAGUGCGUCAGUAUGUCUGUUAGUGCAUGUGUAUGCAUGUGUCAGUAUAUCUGUCUGUGUGCCAGUAUGUCUGUGUGUGUGUGUGUCAGUAUAUCAGUCUGUGUGUGUCAGUGUAUGUGCCUGUGUGUGUGUGUCAGUAUUUCUCAGUGUAUGUGGGUGUCAGUAUAUCUGUCAGUGUGUGGGUGUCAGUAUUUCUGUCAGUGUAUGUGUGUCAGUAUGUUGAUCAGUGUAUGUGUCUGUGUGUGUGUGUCAGUAUGUCGGUAUAUGUGUCUGUGUGUCAGUAUGUCUGUAUAUGUGCCUGUGUCAGUAUGUCUGUCAGUACGUCUACCAGUGUAUGUGUCUGUGUGUGUGUCAAUAUAUGUACCUGUGUCAGUGUGUCUGUCAGUGUAUGUGCCUGUUUAUCUGUAUGUAGUCAGUGUAUGUAUCUGUGUAUCUGCUUGUGCGUCAGAGUGUGUACCUGUGCAUCUGAGCCGCAACUUUAAAUACAAAUACACCCCUCCAUUCAAACUUCAACACUACAUAUAAAACACACUCCUGCAUUGAAACGUCAACACUACAUACAAGCACACUCCUACAUUCAAAAACAAACACUACACAUAAAUGCACACUUGCAUUCAAACUCCAGUACCACAUACAAACACAUUCACACAAACAUACUCCAUACAAACACAUGCUUACAUUCAAACAUACUAACAUGGCUCAGUGCUAAAUACAACCCUGCAAGCAUGGGAAAUUGGUAGAGUCCCAGCUGUCAAAGCAUUGUUGGAGUUGCACGACAGAUGGGGUUCUACCUUUAGUCCAACCUUGCAAUUGGGGGUCCCAAUAAAAUUCAUUCUACUUUAGUACCGCCACUGCGUUGGGAUGGAUGCCGUGAUUGCAUACCAGGGAGUGAGGGGCGAGAGCGGCAGGGCACGGGGGGCCCAAGCAAACACUUGCCCAGGGUCCAUUCGUUAUUAAAGACGGCCCUGAAUGUGUGGAUGCAUUUUAGGCAGCCAUGCCCCAGGAAGGAUCUGUAACAGCCAUCUGAGGAGUGGCCAGUGAAGUUAUCACUAGGCUGUAGUGUAAACACUGCUUUUUCUCUGAAAAGACAGUGUUUACAGCAAAAAGCCUGAAGGUAAUGAUUCUACUCACCAGAACAAAUUUAAUAAGCUGUCGUUGUUCUGGUGACUAUAGUGUCCCUUUAAUAAAAAAUGGAACAAUGUGAUAUAUACAAGACAUAAACACAUUCCCUUCCUCAUUUAUUACAUUUGUUUUUAUAAUUUUAUUGCUGAGUUGAUUCUUUUACAUUAAAGUUACACUUUAUCUUUAGAAAAUUAUCUAAAGAAUUAUUCAGUGCUCAUUCAGAGUCCCACCUACUACAUACAUGGGUUUAUCCAGUAAAUAGUGAAUUAUCAGGAAUUAUGAACCAAACUGCAAAAUUCAGGCUACAUUAGGUGAAUUGAAAAAAGUGUACAAUUCAGCUUUUACGUACUUUUUGUAAUUCAAUUUUCAAUUCUUACAAUUCACUGUUUAGCAAAUGAAUCCCAAUCAUUUUAAGGAUUUUCUAAUUUAAAAAUACUCAGUGUAAUUCACUAAUAGUCUGGAAUUGACCAUGAAAUUGAAGAUUAUAAGCUAAAUUAGCUGAGCAGAAAAAAAUAGCUGACAUAAUUUUUUCAGUUCACCAGUUUUGGAGUAAAAUGUCUCUGUUUAAUUAAAGUCAAUUUACUAUAUAGAGAAUAACUUUGGAUGCUGAACUAUAUUAAAAUGUGAUAAACGACUUUGUAACUUUGAGCCACGUACCAGAUUUUUUUUUUCAACAAAAUUCUUUUGCCACACAUUUUCCAAGUCAAUUGGCCACUUACCACAAGUUACUGUAAAUAGACAAAUCUCUAUGGUAACCCCUUCACAGCCAAGCAAAUGCGAAACAAUUAUCAACAGAAACUGGAUUGUUUGUACUCUGGAAAGGAACAGGGACAUUGUUUUAUUUUUUGUUUGUUUUAGUAGAUAGCACACUGCUUAAAAAGGUAUUGGAACCCUUAACCAAUGUCUUCUUUUAAGCUUACAUGCCCUAUUGUGCAUUGCUACUAGGUCAUAGAGAAGCCUGUGAUUUCAGAGCACAUGUGCACACUCUGGGGCGAUGAGGGAAAAGAGGAAGUUGGGGGUAAAAACAGGGGAGGGAAAAAGUUUGAAAAAAAUAUACAGACGUAAAAUAUGUACAGAAUUGACAAGAGGGUUCUAUGCAGCCUAAGUCACAAGUGCCAAUACCUUUGCAUGUGCAGCAUUUGAAGCUAAACUGCUGCAAAUACAGACUCCUACCACCAUGACCACUUCAAAAUGCCAAAAUGGUCAUGGUGGUUGGGUUAAUGUUUAAUGGCAUAAACGUACAUUUCUGCUGAUUCUCAUGUAUGGACAAAACAAUUAAGUUAAAUAUUUAAAGCAGUAUUUUAAAUAGAUUCUGCAUAAGUACCUCACAUUAUGUAUGCUUGUUCAUGUUGUGAGAACCUGUGAUCAGCGCUUGGGCAGACGUUUGUUGUGUAAUCAUGAAUCAAAAUGCUGCAAUCAUAGCUGCCCAGAUUAUGCAAAGGGCAUAUUUUGCAUCAACAUUUUUUGUUUUGGUUGUGAAGGAGUACAACCCACGUACAUGUAGGCUUCUUCAUUGAGCUAACUUAAUUUACCACCCUCUGAGAUUUACAAAACCAAAUCUGAAAUUGUGUUUGGCAAAUAACUGAACUGUAGUUUUGGGUCAAAUUCAAGAUCUUUUUUUCCUAAAAUUUUCAAUUCAAUGCCAGAUUCACACCCUAGUGAAUCACUCCAGCUGACUUUUUUUUUAAUAUCUUCAAGGUUCUUAAAUUUACAUUAAGAAAAAUAUUAAAUUUUACCCAUUUUCUGCUGCAUAUAGAAUAUUUGUGCAUAUUUUUGUUUUGUCUAUAUAUAAUUGUGUUUUGUGAAAUAGGAUGCAUGUCGCAUAUAUGUUCUGCACUGUAUAGAACACUAUGGAUAGUGAGAGAUCGCCUUCUUUUUUCUUACUACUUGGACUUUUUUUCCAUCAGGUACCUAUUAUGGACCACCUCCAGCCUAUGCUCCUCCUCCCGGGACCUAUCCAGUGCCUCCACCACCCUAUGCUCAACCAGGAUAUCCAGCACCGCCUCCUCCAGUAGCUGGCUAUGUGUGUAUUGGUAAUCCUCCCUGCUCAACUGGCCACCCCUGUCAUCAUGGACAUCAUGGUCAUCAUGGACUUCUUGGUAAACUUUUUGGCCACCAUCACCACCAUGGCCACCAUGGUCACCAUCACCACCACUGAUAAAAUGUCCAUACAAAGGCAAGUUUAUUUAAUUUGUCAACAGUUACAUUUUCCACAUGAAUGAAUAUAUUAAUACUAAUAAUAAUAAUAAUAAAUCAUGUUCACAAAAUCUUAAUUAUUGUAUUUUAUAUAAAAGACAUUUUGGCAUUUGUUAAUUUUACUCUUGCCAGAUACUUGCUAGGUUUGGCAAUACGAACUUUUAGUAACUAGCAACAUUCUCAGGGCAGUAUUACAUGGUUGGCAGGAGUAAUAUUGGAUUGGUUGAGAUAGUCAGUUUUGAUAAUAUCAGCCAAGGAGGCGGAGCGGGGGUGGGCCCAGCCGCGGCGGACCCGUGUAUCACUGGAAUAAAGUUGCGGUUUAACCCUUUAUAACGGGGCAAGGUGGGGUUGCCCACCUCAAACGUGUUUACAGUGUAGUGUCAGGAAUAGAUGUUUCCUUUAACCCUUUAAGGGUCAAGGCUCUUUUGAGAUGUGAUGUGUUUGUAACCAAGGCCCUUUUGUCACUUUUGCAAUGCGUUCAAUCUACCAACUCUUUGCUGUUUCAAGCGGCUCUUUCACCUUCCCUUCCCCCAAAUAAAAAGAGUAUUUAAUAAACAUAAAAGUUUUAUAAAAUGCUCAUAAAGACUGUGUUGGAAUGUAAAUUUUCUUUGUUUUGUGGGGUGUAGGAUUGACAUUGGGUGGAAGUGGGAAUUUGGGUGGGAGUUGGACUUAGGGAGUUGGUGUUAGGUAGAAAUAUAAAAAUAAAAUUAAAAAAUGUCUUUUGAAUCAUGGCACGUUACUAUUCUGCGUGAAUCAGAGAGUGAGACAUUUGAGAUAGCUGAUAGUGACACUCUUACAGUCUAUGAUAUAGAUGUCCCAAGUGAUGCUUCAGAUGCCCAUAAUACCCACUUUGUCUGAUAAAAUUUGGGUGCCACCAAACGUAGCCACACCUAAAAUACCCCCAUUUAUGGCAACUCUUGGCAUCACAAUAAGUUUUGAAGAUUGUGAACAAAUAAUAAUUAUUUUAAACUUUUCAUGACAGCAUACAGCUAUUCAAUUUGUUUGCCAGCCAGUACUUGUCAGCAUACAGGUUAACAACAAUUUAAAAGAAACAACUGGGACCCCAUUGACCUGACAUAGAUAAUGUUUUGGGCACUGACCCUAGUAGUGGAUAAUGGGUGUAGUAAAUAAAUAAAUAAAUGCAUACGGUUCUACAGGGACAAGCACCUCAUCCUUAUGAGACAUUUCUACUGGAAUAAAUAUGAAUAACUGCUGGGGUAAUUUUUAUUGCUGGGAUGCCAUACUGUCUCAUAGUUGAGGUAGGUCUAGCAAAUCAUUUAGUCACAUUUCAAUUAAUGAAAAUUGAAAUGGUCAGGCAGCAUACUUGACCCUGUAAACCCCAUAAAGUCUGUACAUGAAGGGUAUUGCUGUACUCUUGAGACAUUGUUAAAAAUAAAUAUUGGUGUUGUAUUGCAAAAUAUACUGAUACUUUAUAAAAUAAAUAAUUUUAGUAAUGAUUAAGAAGUUAGAAUUUCUACUAAUAUCCUUCUCUUUUUCUUCUAUGUACAACCUAUUGGCGAAUCCAGAUCACAUUCUGCUCGAAAACCAGCAGAAAUACCACUUCCAACCUCUUAACUGCUGCACAGUUACAUAAUGUACCCGUACCUGUUACUGCUUUUUACAUAAUGAAUGUGGACAUGAUACAAGAUAAUGGAUUACCCUGUACCACUUUUUAUUAAUGUGGGGAAAAUUGAUUGCAUGGAUAGAGCUCAAAUGAAAAUAUAGACACAAAAUGUAUAUGUAGCCAUAUUGUGUUAAUGUGUAUGUUUGCAUAUUAAAUAAAUUGCAGAAUGUAAUGUGUAUUGACUCAGUAAAACAAAAAUAAUAAUAAACAUUUACGAGAUUUGCUUGUUAUUGCUUUCUUCGAUACAAUUAAUUUUAAAGCCCUUGUAGAG